GUUGUUUUUCCCGCGCUACCGUACCUCCGGAUCCCCAAAAGCAGAGGGAAGAAAAGGAAAAAAGAAAACAAGAAAGAGGGCAAAACCCCGAAUCGAGAGAGAAGCAGCUGCUACGAGUGUGUGUUCUGAAAGAUAGGGUUUUUUUAAUCGUUUUGAUUUGUCAGAUCUAUUCAAUAGUUGGGUUGUUAAUUCAGCGCCGAAUUCGCUUAUUAGGGUUUCGGCGAAUCGGAGAUCUGGUUUGUUUCUUGUCAACGAGAUUUGCGUAAAUCGUUUGACAGGUUAACUUAUGUCGACCAUGGGAGACAUCGGGCCUCUAAAUCCUGACACUGUUACCUCUACACAAACCGUAACUACAAUUGAAGCUCGAUUUAGCGACUUUUGCAAGGGUCGAUUGACAAUGGAUGAUAACGCUUCAGAAGAAGCGAUGAAGCUGUUCAAUCAAAGCAAACACCUUUUCUUGACAAAUGCAUCCAGUCUUGGAAGUGGAACGCCUGAGGAAGCCGAGCACUACUGGUUUGCAUUUCUCUUGUUCUCCAUGAAAAGAUUAAGACAGAAGAAUGAUGCAGAAGAUGCUGAUAAAACUAAUGGGAAUGACUUUAAGCUUUACCAAAUACUUAGAGUUGCAAAACUAAAUUUUGUAGAUUUCUUCAAAGAACUACCUCAAUAUUUAGUCAAGAUUGGUCCCAUUUUAAGCAAUCUAUAUGGUUCUGAUUGGGAAACUCGUCUUCAAGCAAAAGAGUUGCAGGCAAAUUUUGUGCAUCUCAGCCUUUUAAGCAAGUACUACAAACGUGCAUUCAAGGCACUUUUUCUUGAUAAUGUUGAUGCCCAAUCAGCUGUUGCCAACUCAGCCGAAUACAUAGCCAACUGUCAUCGUUUUGGAUGGCUUCUAUUUCUUGCUCUACGUGUCCAUGCAUUCAGUCGUUUCAAAGACCUAGUCACAUGCACUAAUGGAUUGGUCUCUAUUCUGGCAAUUUUGAUCAUUCAUAUUCCAGCUCGCUUCAGAAGCUUCUCAAUUAAUGAGUCUUCUCGCUUCGUUAAGAAGGAAGACAAAGGUGUGGAUCUACUUGCAUCACUUUGUAACAUGUAUGAAACAUCAGAAGACGAAUUGAGAAAAACAAUGGUGAGAACAAACAUUGUGGUGGAAGAAAUCUUGAUGAAAAAUCCUUGCUCAGCAUCAGAAUGUCAGAAUGGAAACUUAGACAAUAUUGACACAGAUGACUUAACAUAUUUUCAAGAUUUAUUAGAAGAAUCGUCUUUAUCUUCUGAUUUAAGCAUUCUAGAAAAAGACUACAAUGAUGCAAUGCUUUUAGAAGGCGAAUUAGAUGAAAGACUUUUCAUUAAUGAUGAAGAAAGUCUCCUUGGGUCAAGCAGCUUGUCUGGUGGUGCCAUUAACAUGAAUGGAACCAAGAGGAAAGUUGACUCGAUGACAUCACCAACAAAGACAAUCGCAAGUCCACUUUCACCUUUCAGAUCUCCCUCAAAGAUGAUAUCUACUCCUGUUAGCACAGCAAUGACAACUGCAAAAUGGCUCAGAACCAUUGUUUCUCCACUUUCUUCUUUUCCUUCUGUAGAUCUAACUAGAUUCUUGCAAUCAUGUGACAAGGAUGUCACGAGUGAUGUCAUCAAAAGGGCACGCAUAAUUCUAGAAGCUAUUUUCCCCAGUAGUGGUCUUGGUGAUCGAAGUGUAAUGUCAAUGUCAAACAUGCAAAGUAGCAAUCUGAUGGAUAAUAUUUGGGCUGAACAUCGUAGGCUUGAAGCAUUGAAGUUAUACUAUAGAGUUUUACAAGCAAUGUGUACAGCAGAAGCUCAAAUCCUACAUGGCAACAAUCUAACAUCAUUGUUAACAAACGAAAGGUUUCACAGAUGUAUGCUCGCAUGUUCAGCUGAGCUUGUUCUUGCUACUCACAAAACUGUUACAAUGUUGUUUCCAGCUGUUUUGGAAAGAACCGGGAUUACUGCUUUUGAUCUUAGUAAGGUUAUUGAAAGCUUCAUCAGACAUGAGGAAUCUCUUCCUAGGGAAUUGAGGCGACAUUUGAAUUCUCUUGAAGAAAGACUCCUGGAAAGCAUGGUGUGGGAGAAAGGGUCUUCCAUGUAUAACUCUUUAACAGUUGCAAGGCCUUCACUUUCUUCUGAGAUCAAUCGUCUUGGGUUGUUGGCGGACCCCAUGCCUUCUUUGGAUGCAAUUGCACUGCAAUGUAAUAUGUCCUGUGGAGGGUUGCCACCUGUACCUUCGUUGCAGAAACGUGACACGUCACCAGGGAAAAGUGGUGAACUGAGGUCACCAAAGAGGGUUUGCAAUGAGUAUCGAAGUGUUUUGGUUGAAAGGAAUUCGUUCACUUCACCUGUUAAGGAUCGUUUGUUGGGGAUUAAUAAUCUUAAGUCAAAGAUGCUGUCUCCUGCUUUGCAGUCUGCAUUUGCCAGUCCAACAAGGCCAAAUCCAACAAGAGGAGAAACGUGUGCAGAAACGGCUGUUAAUCUGUUCUUUAGCAAGAUUGUGAAGUUAGCUGCUGUUAGAAUCAAUGGAAUGGUUGAAAGGCUGCAGAUUUCACAACAAAUAAGAGAAAGGGUAUACUGUCUUUUUCAACAGAUUCUGAGUCAGAGAACAGCUCUGUUUUUUAAUCGGCAUAUUGACCAAAUCAUCCUGUGUUGUUUCUAUGGAGUUGCAAAGAUCACCCAAUUGAGUUUAACUUUUAAAGAGAUCAUAUUCAACUACAGAAAGCAAGCACAUUGUAAACCUCAAGUGUUUCGUGCUGUGUUUGUUGAUGACAGGUCAUCUUCUCGGCGAAGUGGAGGGAAAACAGGGCAGGAUCAUGUUGAUAUCAUUAUGUUUUACAAUGAGAUAUUCAUUCCAGCUGUGAAGCCAUUGUUAGUGGAGCUUGCUCCUUCUGGAGUUGCUAAAAACCCUAACCAGGUAUCAGAAGCCAACAAGGAAGAUGAAGGUCCAUGCCCUGGGUCACCAAAGGUGGUGUCAUCAUUCCCGAGUCUUCCAGAUAUGUCUCCAAAGAAGGUAUCUGCAGUACACAAUGUAUACGUCUCUCCAUUGCGCUCAACAAAGAUGGAUGCUUUGAUAUCUCAUGGGUCUAAAAGCUAUUACGCGUGUGUUGGGGAGAGCACUCAUGCCUACCAAAGCCCAUCCAAGGACCUCACUGCCAUCAACAAUCGUCUGAAUGGCCAUGGGACACGGAAGGUGAGAGGGACACUCAACUUUGAUGAGGUGGAUGUUGGAUUGGUGAGUGACUCGUUGGUGGCAAACAGCUUAUAUCUUCAAAAUGGGAAACCUCCAUCUGCAUCUGCAACUGCUCAACAGCAGCUCAAGACUGAAUGACACAGACACUAUACUAUAAUACUAUACUUUACUAGAAGACUUAAUAGGAGGUUAAGUUAAGUUAAGUUAAGUUAAGUAAGGUUGGUUGGUAGUUGGUAGUAGUUGAGGUGUGUAUGUAUAUAGAGAAUUUGAUUUGGGAUGGGGAUGGGGAUGGAAUGAGCGGUGAAAUUAUUGUACAGUAGCCGCCACUAACCUCAAUUAAUGCUUUCUUGCUUGGUGAAUGAUGAUGUUGGAUUUGUAAUAAAUUUCUUUAUCCAUCCA